AUGGCAUAUGUCUACACUCGACAGCGGGACACGUGGGGAGCGGCGGCGACGGGCGGUCACCAUAGGCGACCGGCGCGUAGGCGGGCCCGCCCAGACCUCUUCACCGAACAUUGUUCCGCGCCGCCGAGCCGUCGCAACUGCCCGCUCGCUGCGCCCGGUUAUACUAGUCGCGACUACGUUACGCGGCCUGUAACGAGGUACCAGGCUACCAGGAUCAGCAAGGAGAUAUUGAGUACUAAACGUGCCCACAGGAAAACGGACACCGACGGCUUUAUCUUAUUUUGCAGGAAACAGCUUCUCAAUGUGUUAAAAAUGGUCAUCCAUUACCAAACCGACCUCGACUGUGGUUCACUGAACAUCAUAUCGGAUGUAUUAAACAAGCCCUACGUGCAUAGCUAUACUGACUACGCUAACCCCGUUCCUGUAAAACAUUCCAAAGACCCAGUACCUACGGUAACAUUCCUUCGAAGGUGUAAGAAAUUCAAUCUAUUAGUAAACUUCCAAGCCCGAGUAUCGGCCGGUAAACCACGCGCGACCGUCGAUUGUUUCAAUUUUCCCGCCACGCGCCGCAUACUUCGCGCCAAGUAA